AUGAAACACGAGCGCAAACCCGAUGGUGGCACGAACGCGAUUGUUAGCCGACAUAUCAACCAUUCGGCACCGCGCCGAUUCGAUUCCCACUUAACAUUCAUUGAUAAACAAAACUGCCUACUGUCCCAAUUUAAACUCACUCGCACAUUCCAUUUUCCCCGCUACCGUUACAGCAUUCUUCUAACGACCCCAGUUAGCGCCCAGCUCCCACUCAGUCUGCAGAAUCUCGUCGUUGAGAAUGUUGCCAUCGGAGAGUGUGCUUUCCGACCGCCAGCAUCGGCCCAACAGCAAGCCGUAUCCCCUCCGGGCAACCCGUCCAACCACAACAGCAACCGUCCCGCGUGCUUCUUCACACCACCGAACCGUACGGUGUGCUUCCGUGGAAUUGAAAUGAAACGGUUCCAGACCGGAGGCAAAUUUAAUCUCACGCGUUGGCUGAUACUGUGCGAUUGGCCACUGAAAACGUUCGACCCGCUUAUAUUAAGUCGAUUAGUGCCACGUAUCGAAAGGUUAGCGAUAACGGGACGCGUACUACAACGACUGGUACAUGAUUUUCCCGCCCUGUCGUAUCUGCGGAUGGUCAACAUCACCGGCACCCGAUUGAACCAUACCGGUGUGAACGCAUUCUACGAACUGGAACGAUUACAGGUGCUCAACCUGCGAGGGAACGAGCUGGAACAGAUACAACCGUACCGCUUCCGGAGCGGACACGUGGAGGUCUAUUUGCAGGGUAAUCUAUGGAACUGCACCAACGACAUGAUAUGGUUGCUGAAGGAACAAUCACGCCAAUACGUGGACAAACCGACACUCGUGUGCAAAGAUUGGAAGUACACUGGGCGGCCUGUCCUUACCGCCAUGGAGUACAAGCGCGUCGUCCGGGAAAGUUGUCUGCAUGAAGAAAUCUGGAACUGUAGCUGUCACGUGUCCUAUCUGCGGUUGAGUGAUAAUGGACUAUCCUUCCAUCCCAUGAUCAUGGUUAAUUGUAGCGAUCGAGGAUUCUAUCAACUACCACAGUAUCUGCCAGGGAAUACAACCGUACUGCAUAUAGCACGCAAUAAGCUGCAAACAGUCGACAGUUUAACAACGAACGAACAUUACCAAAGCGUGCAGGAUAUCUACCUGGAUGAAAAUCGGAUCACCACGAUCGACAUCCUGGAGGACACGAUAUGGUUGGAUAAUUUCCGUAUCCUUAGCAUACGCGGCAACCGACUGAAUCGGAUACGCGUGUACAGUGUCGAGCAUGCGAUAGAGCGGAAUCCGGCCGUGGGGAAGCUCUACCUUUCCAACAAUCCGUGGCGAUGCGGGUGUCGCUUCGCGAUACGAUUCCAGCGAUUUUUGCGCAAGCACGAAUCGUUGGUUGCGGACUCCCGCAACAUUACCUGUUACUUCAUCAACGACGAUGAUGGCCGAAAACAGUACCUUCCGGUGAUGACGGUUACACCCAACGAUAUAUGCCGACCGUCGGAGCACAAUACCGCCGCAUUCUACAAUACGCUCAGUAUUAUCUUCGCAUCACUCAUUGUACUUAUAUUCACGAAAUUAGCGUACGAUUACUAUCACUAUCGCAAGUAUGGUAAACUGCCAUGGUUAAUUAUGAAGAUGCCCUGA